GAUACCACAUUGCUGGUGAUUCCCGAGUUCCUCAGCAAGUCGCAGAUCUACACCCUGCAGCAGGCUUUGUCGCCGGGAGCCAUUGACUACGAACAGCCGCGCAGGCAGGUGAGAAACCCAGAUGGAAGCUUCACCCAGUUCAAUGAGCGCCAAAAGGAAGCCUGGCUUUGCAACGACUACGACUACCGCGACCCCCGCAGGGUGGCAGCUCCAAGGCUUCAUCGUGGGCAGAAGCUCUCGCCCAGGGUGGAGGAGCUUUUGUCGAAGGCUGCUGAGGCAGCGGAAGCGCCCUUCAAUGGCCUCAUGUGCCGGUGGGAACCGCCAGGCAUGCAUGUGAAGGAUGGCCCUCACACCUACGCCACACACUGCGGAUGGUCUUCUCCUACAGUCAUUGGGCUCAUGGCAUUCGGAGCCACGCGGACGUAUCACAUCCAUGGCAUCCCUUGGUACUUUGGCCGUGGCCGCCGCGAGGUGGUCGUGGUGGAUUUGCCCCUCCGAGAAGGCAUGUUGGUGGCCCUUGGAGGCCCCUUGAGGGAGAAGUGGCUCUAUGCACAGCCCAGAGAUGAGGAGAUGAAGUCGGAGCGGAUUCAGCUCACAUUGCAGUUUCAUGCCGAUUUGGAGGUAAAGAAGGGCACUGACCUGCGUGUGGCAGCGACCUGGACGGAAGACGCGGAGCCGGUGUGGGAGGCAGAGCCCCACAGUCUCGCCUCCGGGGCGUUGGCGCAAGGGCCGGACGACCACAGCAGAAUCCACCAAAAGCGCUGUUCGCGACAGCUUCCGGUGGCCAACUUCGACCCUGCGACGGUGCAGAGCUUGGCCGCCGUCAGUGGCGAACGCUUCGGCGCUGAGCUCAAGCGAUGUCUAGAGAUUCAGACACGAACCCCGCGCUUUCGGCAGCGCUUACUCUACCAGGGCAGGGAAGUCUCCCGUGCGACCUGGGAUUUGACUGUGCCACAGGAGUUGCAGCUGGUUAUCCUAUCCGUUCGGGGCGGCAAUGCGCGCGCUUUGGUGGACGCAACAGAGAGAGGCGAUUUACACUCAGUCCAGAAGGUACUGGAAGAUUUGCAAGACCCUAAUGAAGAAGAUAUAGUGGAUGAGUACGAAGCCCGGCUGCCUUUGCUGAUCGCGUCCACUGGUGGCUUUCUACAGAUCGUCGAGUGUCUCUUGAGCGCCAACGCCGACGUGAACCGUUGCGACCGAGUUGAACGGCGUACGGCUUUGCAAGCGGCCUCCGGCUUUGGACGAGUGAUGAUCGUAGAGCGCUUGCUCAGCGCGGCGGCCAAUGUCAAUCAGGCCGACUCCUUUGGACGCACUGCUCUCUGGGUGGGUGUGGCAGGGCGUUGCCUCAAGGUGGUCCAACUCCUGGUGGCGCAGCGAGCAGACCUGAACUUGGGCGCGGAAGCGAUUGAAGAAGACUUCAAUGAGGAUGAUGGCAUCACCCCGCUGUCCUUGGCCGCCGAGAACGGAUCGCUCAGAAUCUUGCGCUUUCUCAUCCGCUCCCGUGCUAACCUCAACAAGGCAGACCAAGAAGGCCGCUCCCCUCUUUGGUUUGCCGCAGCUGUGGGGCAGCCGCAGUGCGCGCUGGCGCUGCUGAAGGCUGGCUGCAACCGAGAUCAGAUGAGCCGAGACGGUAAAACGCCUUUGCAUAUGGCUUCAGGACAUCACGAUGCCUCUAUGGUGCGGUGCCUGGUGGAGCAUGGUGCAGAUGUGGAGAUGCCAGACAACGUGGGCCGGACUCCCCAAGACUUGGUGAAGCACGCCGCGAAGCAGGGCUACAUGGCUGGAGGGAAGAAGAAGGAACUCCUUUCUGCGUUGGGAGGUGACAUGGGGACCCCUAGUGAGGAACCCUUGUACCUGGUCACGCUGGUCAUGUUGCUCGAAGGUCAUCAGAACACCAAAGCACCAAGCACUGUGGAGUGA